AUGUUUGCAUCAUGUGGUUAUGAUGAAUUAGUAAUAUGGGAGAAAGGAUUAUAAAAAAAAUGGGAAUUUAAAUUUACUUAAUAUGUUUCAAAUGGACGUAAAAUCCAUUUCAUUGAUGAUAAUCAACUUCUUUGGGUAACUCUAAAAAGAAAAAUUAAUGAUCUUUUGGUAUUUGAAUUAUAGAAUGGGGUUUUUAAAUAGAAUUCAAAUAAAACUAUCACUUUAAUUCAGAAUGAAUUAUGUAAGGAUGAUGUGCAUUUUCCAAUAGUAUAUAAUAACGAUAGAAAUGUGAUAUUAGUAAGACACAAACACCAUAUUUACUUGAUUAGACAAUUAAAUAAUAGUACAUUUCACAUAAUUGCAUCAUUAAAUUGUGAAACUAAAGAAUCAUAUGGAACUAUGACUAAUAAUGGUUAAUAUUUAGUAUUUUGGGAUAAUAAAUAUAAAAAAUAUUCAUCAUAUGAAAUAUAAUAUAAAUGA